AUAUAUAUAUAUAUAUAUAUAUAUAUUUGUCGCUCACGAUCAGAUAUGCGUGAUAUAGUACAACCAAUUUCCAGGUAAAUUGAACAAUUAAAACGACAAAAAACGUCGAGUGAAAAACUAAUACCAUAUGAUUCUGUAACUCGGCGAAGUUUAAUGAGGAUAAUUAUUGAACCAAAUAUGUGAACGAAUAGUUAGUCAUAACGUUUACCGCGUCUUUGACACGACCGCUUUUCCACCAAGUAAUAUCCCGAGGCUGUACGUAAGUAUACCCCGCAUUUUUAAAGCACGCAAAGUAAGUCCGAUGACAUUGUUAGCUGUAAGGAAUAUGUAAUUCAGGCGAAUGCACGCCCGAGUACGUAUAAAAUAAAAUUCGAUUCGUCGAUCGAUGGAUAGUAAUUAGUUCAGGGGCGAAAACAAGGUACGUAACUCUAAUUAUAUACCUAAGCAAAUUUGCAUUACAUUGUGCGCCGCGGUACAAGAGAGAAGAAAAAUUGAAAAAAAAAAAAACAAAAAAAAGUACAUUUGAUGACGUAUACUCUAUCACUAAUAGCUAAGGGAUUCGAAGAGAUCAAACUGUUCACGUUGAACAAACAGAAGUUAAAGCUUCUAGACGGAAGCAUAUACAUGGAGAGCAGGUAAUUAAGGCAAUUCCCUAAGUAAAUACCCCUGUUGACUAGGCAGAAUUAUCCACUUGGAUUUGAACUCCGAACUCUAAUUCGCGAAAGAUUUCAUCCCUUACGCCUCCCCGCUGAGCCGCACUGACUCGCUUCGUGAAGUGAACCUGGAAAGUUUGAUGAUCAACAUCGUGAGAAGAGAGAAAAAAAAAAAAAAACAGGUAAAUUUCUCUUCCACUUUUCAACAUAAUCGUAUUUGAAUACCUCGUUUUGGCCAGGGGUGGAUCACGACGAUACAAUUUUGCAACGCUUGUGCAUUUCGUUGUACGUUAUCCGUUGCGCUUUAUACAUAUGAGUGAGUUGGGAUAUAGGUAUAUCUAUCUAUGGGCGAUAUUUCACGAUAGAGAAUCAAGUGGGAACGGAUCAUGGGACGUGGGUCUCGUUACGGUUGCCAUCGAGAUGUCUGCGUGUGAUUCAAGUUGAUCUUAUAACAUCGACCAAUCCGAAACAAAGAAUUUUCGUGACACGUCCGAUGAGAAAAAUCUCUUUAGAAAGGCGUGCACCGUACUCAUGUGAUACAGCCGUGUGAAGCUACACCUACGGCAAUACGAACACGUACAGAUAUCACACGAUGGCUUAGAGAAGCCGAGAUACAUAAGCAAAAUAACUCGACAUAAUACAUAGAAUUAUAUGGUGUACGUGUAAAAUACAUAGAACAUACCAAGAUGCGGUAUAGGUACAGCGCAAAAGAGGCAGCGGUAUAUAUAAAGGGUGGGUCACCGUACUCUGAAUCAGUUCAACAUCAGCGAUCUUACAAUCGACACGAUUCCAUAUCAACAUGAACGCCAUAACCUUCUUCGCUAUCGUCGCAAUGGCGGCUACCGCGGUUUGCGCCGAGGACGCUCAAGCCCCUAAGAAACAGGAUAAGCGAGGAGUUCUUGGAUUAGGAUACGGAGGAUAUUCCGGUCAUGGACUGCACGGAGGUUUGGCCCUCGGCGGAUACGGAUACAGUGGACUCGGACACGGAUACGUAGCAGCCCCUGCCUACACCCUGGACCACGCGAUCUCCGCACCCGUUUCGGUGUCUCACGGAGUUCACGGUAUCUCAAGUGGACCGAUUUUAUCCGCUGCACCCGCGAUUCGCGUGGGUUACGGUCACGGAUUGGGAUAUUCAGGACUUGGAUUGGGACACGGACUAGCUUACGGUCAUGGCUGGUAGUAAUCUAUAUAGGAAAAGGACGCCGGAGACGACUAGAAUUUUUCUACUUUGUAAAUUAAUUUUAUACAUUACUUAUAGUCAUAGGUAUACCUAUAUAUAACCAAUGCCCUACGUAUUUGACUGUAAUCCUUUCUAUAGAUGUGUCCGUUUAAUAAAAUUUACCGUCGGUAAUACAAAUUUCA